UACAAGGGACGCUUGAGCGGUCGCCAUGCCUAAAGUAGGCAGUAUGUAACGGCUAAGAAGUUGGCAACACUAUGAGCCGUUUUAUGAAGCGCUACGUUAACCGUAUUAAUGUGAAAUUGCAACUUAUAUAUAAUUGUAUGAAGGGCUUCGAAGUGCAUCGUAUGUUAGAUACCAUAGCUUAGCUAACCGCUAGCUAACUCUACUGUCCCCCAGUGCAGGAUGGAACAGUCCCAAACGGGGUGAGCCGCUGCUAAAAUAAGGUGUAAACAUGUAGCUAACAUAAGAGCGUCAGCAUAACGAUGUGGAAACGAGGCGGUCGAAGCUCCGCUCUGGACCGAGCUCAAGCGCAGCUGUCCGCCAAGAGGAACAGGGGAGACGUGGAGUCUGUUCAGGGGUCCACAGGAAACACAGGUGCUGUGGGUGGAUCUUUAAAAAACAAAUCCGCUUCUUCGAGUACACACCCUUUAUUGUCAGAUCUGAGUGACCUGCCCUCGGUCAGCUCAGCUCCUGAGCAUGCAGGUGACACCAUGCUGGGCUCUGCUGCUGCUAGUGGGAAGACCCAGGCAAGAGAGGGGCUGUCGACCACGUAUCUCAGACCUCAGGGCUCUCCGGGUGGAGGAGGGAGCAGGUUCUUGAAGAAGGCUCCACUACCUGCAACCAUCAGCAGCCAGUCACCUGUCAGCAAGAGCCACAUGCAGCAGGUGCCUGAACACAGAAAUGUGUCAUCUUCCCAGCGGGGCUCCCAGACUGCUGCUUUGAGUAGGCUGGCUCAGAUAGAGAGCCGCAUCCGCAGCCGCAAACCGGUUGCGGUUCAGGUUCAGGAACAGGUCAGACAGGGGCCAAAACCUGCAGAGAAUCUAAAUUCAGACGUGGAAGUCUCUCCAGAACCAGCCGCCCGGUCCCUGGAGGCCCCUGUGCAACUCUCAGCACAGUCCAGCAGUAACCAGAUACGUUUCCUCAAGAACAAGACGGCUGUAGCUGGUAACAAUAUUACUACGGCUGCUGCUAGGUCGCCAAAGGGCGCCGAUAUUGGUGUCAGGUCCAGAGCUGCUGAUGCCGUAGUACCUUUGGCGGGUUUGGAGACAAUGUCAGUGAGAGGAGUGAGUGGUGUCAGUCUGGAAAGUGAUGAAGAGGACAUGAGGAAACUUCUUGGAGACUCGUUGGAUUCGGUAGACAACAGCUUCUUGAUACCAGGGAGACACUCUUCUAUAAGAACAGCAGACAAGAUGGCCCACUCCUCACCUCCUCCCGCUGCUGUCCCUCCCUCAUCAUCCUCAAACAGAGCACCCCCCCGCUCCCCAGCCUCUCCUCCUCGCCAUAGGUCUCCUUUUCGAUUCACCGGUCAGGCUCAGGCCCACUUCAGCCCCUCUGUGCUCUCCCCAUCCCCCUCUCCUCCCUGUGACUCCCCUCACGGGGCAGGGAGUCUACCACAGCGUUCCCUCUCCUCCAUGUCAGGCCGCGGGGAGGUGCUUUCUCUGGAGGAGCUCUUCUCUGAAGAUCCCCUCAGUGAGAUGAGUGCAGUUACCUCUGAAGAUGGACAACAAGACUUCAAGAUUAAUGUGAUGACAUUAGACGACCUUGGAUUUCCUGAGAGAACGUCAGGAGAGGAGAGAGAAGUCAAACACAGCCUCCAUCCUCCUGAAUCCCCCAACAGACAUCAAGAGCGGCCCCAACUGAACAAGAAGGAGAAGAAAGACGAGCAGCAGGAGGAGGACGCGUUGGACUAUCAAAGUGACUUUGAGAGCGAGAGCCGGACAGAGCCUGAUCACAGUGUCAGCCAUGUUUCAGAGCACUUGCAAGCAGAUGGAGAUGAAGAGGAGGCGGUGGUAUCGGAGGUCAGAGAGGAGGGUUCGCAUUCAGACGUGUCCCGUGGGAGGACAGGAGACGAUUACUCGAGCACUCCCUCGGACACAAGUCGCUCCUGGACCUCAGAUCACAGUCAAAGACUCAGCAAAAGCAGCGACUCCAGAUCCUGCCGAUCCUCUUCAUCACGUGGCAGCCGGACAUUACCUCGCCAGUCAAGGAGACGUGCUUCAGCUAGAAAGGUUUUAAAAGAAACGGCAGUACAGACUCAGCCUGAUCUUCUGGCUUACACGUGGCCCGCCGGUGUGGCUGCUUUGGGUCCUGCAGUGGCCAUGACUUACAUGGAUCCCACCCCGGCGGUUGCUUAUACUCUCAGUGCAGAGAUGGUGGAAGCUCUCAGCAUCUCCAACCCAGCAGCAUUUGCACUCAAUGAAAUGCUGAAACAGCAGCUUGCCAUGACACGGCGCUUCAUUGAAAGCAGGCGACGCCUUCACUCCAGCCUGGUGCAGAGCCUGGGACCACCCAGCUACAGAUACACCACGCUGGAGGACACCAAGGAGUACAUUCGUGAGCACAGACCUCCCAAACUGAAAAUGGAGGAAGCGUUAGAAGAGGUGCUGCAGGAGAUGAGAGACUACCAUCAUAUCUGACCGCUGGUACUGAAAGUCCCGGAUUACUGAACAGCAGACAUUAUGCCAUGCCCUUUUUUAAAUCAUAAUUAAAUCAUAUUUUUUCUAACAUGGAAGAAUUGUGACAUUUGGUGGUUAUAAAUCAUAGAACAUUCCAUAAAGAUUUGAAUGAUUUUAACAAUUUCACCUGCUUUACCUUUUCCGACGGGGAACUUAAGACGUUAUCUAGGCUCUCUUCAAAGCCACCAGGCGAUCUUUGGAGGUUUUAAGGAUUAGUUUGAAUUCAUUAAAGUCAAAAAAUAAACUAACCGAUCGAGUCAGCGGUAGACCAACAACUAUCGUGUUCUGCAGGGUUAAGUUCUGGUCAGUGGAGUCCUCUGGCUUUGAAAAGAGCAUAUAUGGAUAUAACGGCUUCAGCUCUCUGAAGGCAAGAUAAAGUAUUCUAAAUAUAGCGUACACUUAAAACUUUACAGUUACUAGAGUGACUCAAGAUGUAUAUCUGGCAUAGAAUACCUCAAAUUAUAUUUUUCUUGUAUAUUGUAAAAUGUACUUUUAGAUUGAGACAAAGUAAAGUCACCGUCUGCAUUACAACUUACUGUAUUUAACUCAAGAGUAAAGGUCCUCACCAUAGGACGCCACACGAGUUCAUUCAUAAAUAAGCAACUGUUCAAAUAAAGACACCUGCAGGUGAAGUAACAAAAUGUUUAUUUAAAAAAUAACAUGGACAUAGUAUGUAUACAGGCAUACCAGAUUUUCCAGUCUUCAUCGGCAACAGUAACUUCAAAUUCUAAUGAUAAGAGCAGGAUUUGACACGAUCUAAAGACAAACUCCAGGAACAUUUAUUGGUGAUGGGGGGGUGAAGGCACAAAUUCAGCUUGCAGUGGGAGUCGUCAGAAGAGGUCAUUGAAUGGGUAGUGAGGAUGUCCUGCAUCCCUGGGGACUCGUUUUCCUUCCACCUGCAGCACCCAAACCAAACGUUGAUGCUUCUCUCUUUACCUCCACAUAACACUUUCUCUGUUACAUUAUCCUUCAACCCAUCAGGGCAUUGAGGAGUAACACUUGCACUAUUGUGAUCACAGGCACCCAUUCAUUAUAUAUUAUAUCACAACUGAGCUUGAUCAAUAUAACGUUUUCAAGUUGACUGCAAACAAUAUCAAUAGCAACCAUUAAGCAGGUAACUUAAAUACAUCGUGUUCUACUCAUUAAACAGAGCAUACAUGAAGCCCACUUACUUGGAUCAUUGGUAGAAUGUAGCGCCAGCCUUUGUUCAGGGCUGUAAUGCUCUUCAUUUCCUCGGCUUCGAGGGUAAAGUCAAACACCUUGACGACAAACACAAAGAGGUCGACACAUCACAACACGCUGGCUAUUGUUCCACCAAAACAUGAUUCACAAUCUGCACAGCUUUUUCAGCAUAAUUUGCUUUCAAUUACUUGCAGGCAAGAAUGGAGCCUUAAUGAGAUAUUCUAUAGUUCAGAAAAUCUCAUUAAGAAGGCUGUUUUUUAAUUGCCUCAUUGUUCGGAGAUGAAUUGCCGGACUGAGAUUUGACUCCACCUGAAGGUUUUCUUUGAUCCGGGACUCUGUCACACUCUUGGGGAUCGUCACCACGCCUCGUUGUGUCUGCCACCUGCAAACACAACAAACUGGUGUUGAAAUGUACAACACUACAGCAAUGAUUUGGAAAAGAACUAGUGGUAAAGCACACAGGAUUUCUGGUAGUAGGAAUGCGAACAUGUUUGCCACAUCAGCUUCAUGCUGCAUCCUGAUAAUACCGUACGUCACUGUUGGGUUUACAGCCCGGUGCAUGAGCCUCAAGUGGCCAAAAGGUGUAUUACUGCGACUUUAGCCAUUGACUGUAUUUCUGAACCACAGCACCGAUUUAAUGUGUAUUUAAACUGCUCACUGCUUUUGAUACAAGAAAUACUUUUACAUAUUAAACUCUCACGACACAGCCAUUUUUCUCCUUUUGCACUUAUUCUGUGGUUGCCUUCAAUAACGACUGUACAGCUUAAAUACUACGUGGAAUCAAUUUAAAAAUGCUAAAUACAGAAACAAACCUUUAGAAACUUCAGUAUUUGGCUGAUGUUGAUGUGAAACUGCCAAUGUGCACAACAAAGUGCUGUUUAAUAAAGCAGAUGGAUGCAUAUGUGAUCAACAUGUGAAAACCUUUAA